AGUCCGCGGUUCUAAGUUCGUAGUGAAAAAUGGCCGGCGCCAACGAUUGUUUCAGCAUCGGGAGUACCGUGGCCUGUAAAACCUGUUACAAGGAGGAGAUCGAAGGCGAGGUGCUAGCAUUCGAUCCACAAACUAAAAUGUUAAUCCUAAGUAUCCUUUUCUUGUAAAUUCCCUGAAAGCAACGUUCUUCUUGAAAACUACAUGUAUGUAGCGCUCAUACGACGUUCGUUUAACAUUGCUGCAGUGUAAAUAACUUUAGAGCUAUCUAUGAUAGGUUUCAUGAAUUUUAGCAAAUGAUCGCUAAGCUAUGUUUCGCGAUUUCACACGGGAAACGUGCAAUACCGCUUGUCAAUUAUUUGAUCAUCAUCUAACCAGCUACACGAAGUCAGAAUGUCCGUCAUCCAGCGGAGCUCCAGCAUUAAACGAUGUACACAUAGUAAAUUUAUCCUUGGUAUCAGAGGUCCAAGUAAAACGAGAAGUUAGCCCUACCACUAGUGAACCACCACAAAGCCUUAAUUUGCAAAAAUUGAAUAAAAGAGUACGUAAUCAAAUUGAAGAGAAAAAAAAACUGGUAAUGGCUCUGCAGGCCGGAGUAUCUCCAGAAGGACAAAAACUCUUCAGUACUAUAUCAAAGACUAUCCCAGAAAUUACGUGGAAUGGAGCAAAUAUUGUUGUAUUUGACAAUGUCACGAUUAGACCACCAUAUAAAGUUGAUAAUGUUCAUGGAAAUACAGAAUCUGGAGCAUAUAAGCAUGUGAAGAAAGUAGUUGAAAAACAUAUUAAAGAUACAGAAGCAUCACAACAGGCACAGCAACAACGGGAACAGCAACAACAACAAAAACAAAAAGGAGAAGUUCCAGUCUUUGAGGAAAAGUAGGAAAUGACGAUAACAAGAUACUAAGAAACAAAAAAAGCCACUGCAAAAGUACUACAUAAGCCUAUCAAGAAAAUCAGCAUCACAGAUUAAGUUCAAAUUUAUUUGAAUGAAAAUGCACUUCACGGGAAUCAAGUGCAAAUCAAUUAUUGGAAUUUUAAACGAGUACCAAAAAAUAUUGAUAAUAUCGUAUGAGCAGCAUUUUGUAAAUCAAUAAAACACACCGUACUCGAUUUUUAACAAAGAGCAUGAUCUUCGAUGAAAGAUGCUGUUUAUUUUAUCUAAUAAGCUGCCAUACAAUUUUAGGUUCUACUGGAACUAUUGUUCAUGUGCUCUGAUGCAGGUGUGUUUUAGUUUAGUUUAACAUUGUUACAAAAUACGUUUAAUAGUUGUUUACAGAUUAUUGAUGUAUGUACAUGAUGAUAGCAUGAUUCAAUUGCCAUAUGAGUAUCAACUUUUUUAAAAUAUAAAUCGGUCAUCGUGGUAUAAUUUAAGCCCGUAUGAAACGGUUCAAUAUAUUUUUAAUUACUAUCGCAAGUGGAAAAACAAAUGAUCAACGAAAAUUUUCAUACGCGAUCCAUUCGACUUCGAUGAUACUGUUUGAAAUCUUACGUUCACUCGCUAAUUGUAAAAUCAAUUUUUAUUAAAUCACUCAUUAUAUUAUAUUAUAUCGAUCUUUUGAAAUUUGUAAACAAAAAAAAAAAAAAAAGAAGAGAAAAAAUGUAAACAUUGCACUUCAUCACGCCUGCGUCGGCACGAGACGUCUUCAGUCACGAUACGACAUUGUAAAAUGAAGGACAUUCCCUUGCAUAGAGCAAGUUAUAAAAUUGUUAUUUAAAGAAACAUCAACCUUGGUUUAUGCAAGGGCAACCUAAUUCUAAUAAUAAACCAGGAAUAAUUUCAUUUACAAUGAUGGAAUACAGAACUCGUCUCGUGCCCUUUACCUUCUGAACGCGGAGAAGAUAUAAGACAGAAGAAAAAAAAGAAAGAUUAUAAAAAUUAAUUACAUGAAAAGACACAAAUAAAUGUAAUAUAAAUUCUA